AUGGUCAAGUUGACCAAGUUUAUAGGAGAUACGAGAUUAGCAUGUGGCCUGUGCCAACAAUUGGUAUCAGAGCGGUUUAAAAAGACGGUCGGUUUGAGAGUCGACUUUCGAAGGGGAGGAGCCUUCGGGUGCAAGGCUGUCAUCACAGCGGAAUCGGGGUGUUUGGCAACGCAGGUGGCUGCGGUUUAUUGUGGUGAUUUUCCUAUUGAAACAGGAUGUGAUGCUGGUGAAAAGAAGCAUGAGCUUGGUUUUCGUAAAUGGUGGAAGAGGACUCUAGAUAGGAACGGGUUAGAUCGGAAAAGGUUGGGACUAUCACAAACAAGACAAGGUGAUGAUUCCGGCGGUAGGUUGUGGAUGGUAAAAGCGGAUAGCUUUGUCUUCUUUAUCGGUGGGAGAAGGCUCUCGUGUCACAGAAGUGUUAGGUGGAAACGGAUUCUGUGUGGUGACAAACAACAGCCGGGUAUGGAGGACUUUGGACGUGACCGAGGUGAAGGUCGGGUGUCUGGGAAAAGUCGGGAUCGGGUAUGGAAGACUUUGGACGUGGCGGAGGUGAAAGUCGGGUGUCCGGGAAAGGUCUUGAAUCGAGAUGAAAGGAGGGUGAUUAAAGGUAGCUGUGAACAAAUGGUGUGA